AUCUUCACUGCAGUGUUUAGAACAAAAGUUUAUGGGCAAAUGUAAUCCAGAAAGUGCAUCAUUCUUCAGCAGAAAUUGAGGUGUAAGUUGGAAGUGGUGAAAGGAUUUCAGAUUCCCUGUCACCACGGAGUAUCUUGUGCCUUCAAGGAUGGUUUCAUCUCUGGUUUUACUUAAUCCAGGUGGCCAAAUCCAGCCUAGCUGUUCUGAAUAUUAAUUCUUUAUAGUUACUUUGUCUAUAAAUACCUAAGUCCCAAGCCCCUCAAAUUCAAAAGUCACACUAAAGUGCUUGAAUAUUAAAUGGCCAGUGAAAUGGCUCUGCAGCUAUCAUCACUUGAAGUCAACCCAGACCAGAGUUUUGACUCCUGGGACAAAGGUGGAGGAAGAGAAUUGUCUCCAAAACCCUCUAAACCUGCAGGUGUGCAGUUCCAUUCCCAUACCCAUCUUCUCAAGCACAUUUGAUAUUCUACACUGAGAAUAUUCUACAUCAACUAUUUUCAGUCCAACUACUUGAUAGGGGCAGUUGGCAGUAAGUUGGAAGCUGUCUUUGUUGUCUUUAUAUUCUUCAGUAAAAUCACAUGCUUCCACAGCAUAGACAGCUCAGCCAUCUAGCACUGGCUACCCUUCCCCUGCCCUACUACUUUAUCAUUCUAAAUCUUGACUAUCUUAUGGCAGUUGCCCCCGUUUGCAUCCUGACCUGGUGGUUUCAGAUUUUGCAGUGACUAAGGUAAUCAUAGCCAUCAUCUCUGUUCCCAAAAUUCCAGUUUUUUGUUUUCAUUACAACGGAAAUACCAUAUCUGGGCUACUUAAGCAGAAUCGACUAGCCUUAUUUGCCCAUUUUUGUCCUCUUCCUAUAUUGGUUCCUUUAAAAAAAAAAAAGUCGAGUACUCACAAGGGUCAUUAUUUCUAAGUUUUGUGUUUUGCUUGUGUCACCACCACCUUAUAGGACUUGUCUGCCCAUUAUAACAAAGUACUGGUAGUUUUAUUUUCUUAAGUGCAUUUAGAACCUUAGUAUUAAGUCUAGGGCUGUAUUGGUGACUUAAAACAAUAUGGCUAGGCAUCAUGAAGUCUUUAAAGUCCAUUGAAAUUUAGAUUGAUAUUGAAGUUGGUGCGUAAAUUUGGGGAAGGAAUUCGUUUUAGAUAACAGAACUUGUGCCCAAAAAUAUAGGAUAAACCGAUUUCACGUGGCUCAUGCUAAAAGGAAAGCAGACAUACUUACGGGUAUCCUUGUGGAUGUGGUUGGAUGAGCUUUGAGACCCAAUGUUGGGCUUUUAGUACACUUGGCAUGAGUAAGAAAAGCCUGCAGAGUACCGCGGCCACGAUCGUUGGUACAAAGUCUACAGACAUUCUCAGACUGCUGCCGGAUGGAGGUUCAAGUAAGAUGAAUUAAACAAUUACUGGGCUAGUUUCAUAUAAAAGUAGGGAGGUCGAUAAAACAACACCUACGCUAGCAACAGCUAUUGCCUUGUACAACCCUGCUAUAGAGGUUUUUUUCAACAUAGCAACAGUGGACGAGUUCCUGUACCAGUGGCAACGGCAAAUGCGAGACACCCGGAUAUCUAAACGAUUACUUCCGCCUGUCAUAGCCAGGUUACCCGCAGCAAAUGGCGAAAUGGCGGCCGGGAGUUAGUGCGCAAGCGUAGCGGAGAUCCGCGGCGUGUUCUUACGUCAUCACUAAGCGUCGAAGCCAUGGAAGGUCCCAUAGCUGUAGUGGUCCCCUCCCUUCUGAGCACUUGCCCACGUGCUGUCUGCCACUUAAGCGGAUUCACGUGCAGCGGCGGCCCCGGCGUAGCUCAGCUGUGUAGAAUUUUCUCCAGCAGAUUGGUCAGCCUGGGUAGCAACUCGGUGUCUUCACGUGCUUCCGUUGUGCAGCUGCCUGGUGUCGGCCGGAGCAGGGCGCAGUCACCGGAAGAAGAGGAUGCGGCAGCUACAGAAGAAAAUAAAGAGUGGGACCUUGAACUUAAAGCAAGAUGACCCCUUUGAGCUUUUUGUAGCAGCCACAAACAUUCGCUACUGCUACUACAAUGAAACCCACAAGAUUCUGGGCAAUACUUUCGGCAUGUGUGUCCUCCAGGAUUUUGAAGCGUUAACUCCGAACUUGUUGGCCAGAACUGUAGAAACAGUAGAAGGUGGUGGACUGGUGGUCAUCCUCCUGCGGACCAUGAACUCGCUUAAGCAGCUGUACACGAUGACUAUGGAUGUGCAUUCCAGGUACAGGACUGAGGCCCAUCAGGACGUGGUGGGAAGAUUUAACGAGAGGUUUAUUCUCUCUCUGGCCUCUUGUAAGAAGUGUCUGGUCAUUGACGAUCAGCUCGACAUCCUGCCCAUCUCCUCCCACGUGGCCAGCAUUGAAGCCUUACCUCCUCAGGCCCCGGAUGAGAAUCUCAGUCCUGCUGCUCUGGAGCUGCUGGAGUUGAAAGAGAGCUUGCAGGACACUCAGCCCGUGGGUGUUCUGGUGGACUGCUGCAAGACCCUGGACCAGGCCAAAGCUGUCUUGAAAUUCAUUGAGGGGAUCUCGGAGAAGACUCUAAGGAGUACUGUAGCCCUCACCGCUGCCCGAGGAAGGGGCAAGUCUGCGGCCCUGGGCCUGGCUAUCGCUGGAGCAGUGGCAUUCGGGUAUUCCAAUAUUUUUGUUACCUCCCCAAGCCCGGAUAACCUCCACACGCUGUUUGAAUUUGUAUUUAAAGGAUUUGAUGCUCUGCAGUAUCAGGAGCAUCUGGAUUAUGAGAUUGUACAGUCGCUGAACCCCGAGUUUAAUAAAGCGGUGAUCAGGGUCAAUGUGUUCCGAGAGCACAGACAGACUAUUCAGUACAUCCACCCUGCAGAUGCUGUGAAACUGGGCCAGGCUGAGCUGGUUGUGAUAGAUGAAGCUGCCGCUAUUCCCCUCCCCCUGGUGAAGAGCCUGCUUGGGCCCUACCUGGUUUUCAUGGCAUCUACUAUCAAUGGCUACGAGGGCACUGGCCGGUCACUGUCCCUCAAGCUCAUUCAACAACUCCGUCAGCAGAGUGCCCAGAGCCAGGUCAGCACCACUGCUGAGAACAAGACCACAACGACAGCCAGACUGGCCUCAGCUCGAACCUUGCAUGAGGUUUCCCUCCAAGAGUCAAUCCGAUACGCCCCUGGGGAUGCAGUGGAGAAGUGGCUUAAUGACCUGCUGUGCCUGGAUUGCCUCAACAUCACCCGCAUCGUUUCCGGCUGCCCCUUGCCUGAGGCCUGUGAGCUCUACUAUGUUAACAGAGAUACCCUCUUUUGCUACCACAAGGCCUCUGAAGUUUUCCUCCAGCGGCUCAUGGCUCUCUAUGUGGCUUCUCAUUACAAGAACUCUCCCAACGACCUGCAGAUGCUCUCAGACGCUCCUGCUCACCACCUCUUCUGCCUCCUGCCACCUGUGCCCCCCACCCAGAAUGCCCUGCCUGAAGUGCUUGCAGUUGUCCAGGUGUGCCUUGAGGGAGAGAUUUCUCGUCAGUCCAUUUUGAAUAGCCUCUCUCGAGGCAAGAAGGCUUCUGGGGACCUGAUUCCAUGGACAGUGUCGGAACAGUUUCAAGAUCCAGACUUUGGAGGCCUUUCUGGUGGACGGGUUGUUCGAAUUGCUGUUCACCCAGAUUAUCAAGGGAUGGGAUAUGGCAGCCGAGCGCUGCAGCUGCUGCAGAUGUAUUAUGAAGGCAAGUUCCCUUGUCUGGAGGAAAAAGUCUUGGAGACACCACAAGAAAUCCGCACCGUGAGCAGUGAGGCUGUCAGCUUGUUGGAAGAAGUUAUUACUCCCCGGAAGGAUCUGCCCCCCUUGCUCCUCAAGUUGAAUGAGAGGCCUGCAGAGCGCCUGGAUUACCUGGGGGUUUCCUAUGGGCUGACCCCCAGGCUUCUCAAGUUCUGGAAACGAGCUGGAUUUGUUCCUGUCUAUUUGAGACAGACCCCAAACGACCUGACUGGGGAACACUCGUGCAUUAUGCUGAAGACGCUGGCCGAUGAGGAUGAGGCUGAGCAGGGAGCUUGGCUGGCAGCAUUUUGGAAAGAUUUCCGAAGACGGUUCCUGGCCUUGCUGUCAUACCAGUUCAGCACCUUCUCUCCUGCCCUGUCUCUGAACAUCAUUCAGAACAGGAACGUAGCCAAGUCAGCCCUGCCAGCCCUAGGCCGGGAGCAUCUGGAGGCACUUUUCCUUCCCUAUGACCUGAAGCGUCUAGAGAUGUACUCUCGGAACAUGGUCGAUUACCACCUCAUCAUGGAUCUUAUCCCAGCCAUUUCCCGCUUGUACUUCCUGAACCAGCUAGGAGACCUGUCCCUGUCGGCUGCCCAGUCGGCUCUUCUCUUGGGAAUUGGCCUACAGCACAAGUCUGUGGAUCAGCUGGAAAAGGAGAUUGAGCUGCCCUCAGGCCAGUUGAUGGGGCUUUUCAACCGGAUCAUCCGCAAAGUUGUGAAGCUGUUCAAUGAUGUGCAGGAAAAGGCUAUUGAGGAGCAGAUGGUGGCAGUGAAGGAUGUGGUCAUGGAGCCCACUAUGAAGACCCUGAGUGAUGACCUGGAUGAAGCAGCAAAGGAAUUCCAGGAGAAACACAAGAAGGAAGUCGGGAAGCUGAAGGACAUGGACCUCUCUCAAUAUGUAAUUCGUGGGGACGAUGAAGAGUGGAAUGAAGUUUUGAGCAAAGCAGGGCAGAAUGCCUCCAUUGUUAGUUUGAAAAGUGACAAGAAAAGGAAACUGGAAACAAAACAAGAACCCAAACAGAGCAAGAAGUUGAAGAAGAGAGAUAACAACAGAAAGGAUAUGAAACUGAAGCGAAAGAAGUAGUGAGGUGAGGAGAUGCCAGACUUCUGAGCUGUGCUCUGCUGGGCCAGGCCAGGCAGCAGUGUGGACAGUGACAGUGACAGUGACAAGGGCCUUCAGCAAAGGCAGGCACCAUCGUUCCAUCUGUAUGCCCGCCGUGACUGAAGACAAAGUCACUCUUGAACAGGCUGCUUAGAACUUGGUGUGGGCAAAGCUCUGGCAUUGUCAGGGGCUGUCGUUCCACCCAGGUCAGUCUCACUUUGGCUUGCUCCCACUGUGGCUGCUGUGCUGGCUCCUGGCCUCCCUGUGCUCCAGCACACGGCUUUCUGGAGGCACACGCUGCCUCACUGCAGACCUGUCCCGACACUGAGGCUGGGUCAGCAGGACCUCUCCUGCUCCUCCCUUCUAUGUCUGCCUGCGGCAGGUCUGCUGUCCUCAGCGUCCCAGGAAAGGCUUAGGUAGGCUGCAACAUCUGAGCCCCAGAUGCCUUUUGGUUGCCUCUUCAUUUGGGAGAGACUAUCGAGAAAGACUCUUACUACAAAAAUGAGGGGAGAGAGAAUAUUUUUAAUAAAUGAUGUCUUGGAAGGAC